CUCUGAUUGGUUGUUUCUCUCUCUCUAGCUUCUUGGCGCAUUGUGUACAAGAGGAAGCCACGUUGACACGAAAGCGGUGAUUUUCUUCAGCAAACUUAAACCCGGAGCUUUCAUAAGAACAGAGUUUGCUGUUAAAGGCUGAGAGGUGUAAAGGUCUGCCAGAAUAAACAGGAUGAGUGUAGGCUUCAUUGGAGCAGGUCAGCUGGCCCAUGCCUUGGUGAAGGGCUUCACUGCAGCGGGUGUAAUUGCAGCUCACCGGAUCAUGGCCAGUUCUCCAGAUACAGAUCUGCCGACAGUGGCCGGGCUCAGGAAAAUGGGUGUGAACUUCACAACCAGCAACAAGGAAACAGCGCAUAAGAGCGACGUCCUCUUUUUGGCCGUCAAGCCUCAUAUUAUUCCUUUCGUCCUGGAUGAAAUCGGACCUGAUAUUGAAGACAGGCAUCUCAUCGUGUCCUGUGCUGCUGGGGUCACCAUUAGCUCCAUUGAGAAGAAACUGCUCCAGUACCGUGCUGACCCUAAGGUGAUCCGCUGCAUGACUAACACCCCAGUGGUGGUGCGCGAGGGGGCCACGGUAUACGCCACCGGCACACACGCUGAGGUGGAGGACGGGAAGCUUCUGGAGCAGCUGAUGGCCAGUGUGGGAUUCUGCACGGAGGUGGAGGAGGAUCUGAUCGACGCCGUUACAGGACUCAGCGGCAGUGGGCCAGCUUACGCUUUCACGGCUCUCGAAGCUCUGGCUGAUGGUGGUGUGAAGAUGGGUCUGCCCAGGAGGCUGGCUGUGAGACUGGGAGCGCAGGCGCUGCUUGGCGCUGCUAAAAUGCUCCUGGAUUCAGAGCAGCACCCAGGCCAGUUGAAGGACAACGUGUGCUCACCAGGGGGCGCCACCAUCCACGCCCUGCACUUCCUGGAGAGCGGUGGCUUCCGGAGCCUUCUCAUCAAUGCUGUGGAGGCUUCGUGUAUCAGGACCAGGGAACUACAGUUUCUCGCUGAUCAGGAGAAAAUCUCACCUGCUGCUAUUAAGAAGACCACACUGGACAAGGUGUUGCAGCAGCCUGGUGUCUCUUCUACCACAGUGGGAACCAAGAGCAGAGUCAACAUGUUCAACAACAGGAGUGGAAUUAAGAAAGUCUGAGGAAUGUUACACACACGCACACUUACAAAUACAUCCCUUUACUUUAUUCGCUCCUUUGGGUGCAGGCAGAUGUUACUAUUCUGAUGAAUUCUGAACAAAGUAGUUUGGCAUAACUGUACACACACACACACACACACACACACACACACACACACACACACACUCGCACACAGUCUCAGACUGAAAUGAACAGAAGUGCAUUUCCAGCAUGCUGUCUAUCGCCUCGUGCCUCCCUGCAGCAGCAGACAGUUCAUUCGCUCCCUUGGGAGUAGCAUCCGGAGUUAAAGGCAGCAGAUGCUACGUGACGUUAUCAAUUUUUUUCUUAAGUACCUCCCCGUCCUUUAAAAAAAAUCAACAAUGAUAACAAAUUUUGUUUUGUCAGCUACAUAUUUGUAAUAUUUAAUUUUCUAAAUAAUCACAUUUAAUAUUAGGGCCCAAAUUCACUGUAAGUAUGUUUAUUCUUUUCUUAGUGUUCUACUUUGGCACAUAAUAAUUUUAUAUAUAUAUAAUAUGUGCUGCAUGAUGAAUCACUGUAGUGACUCACCACGCCUACCCUUCAGGGUUCUAGAGUCACAAAGACCUUUUGAAUUUCUUCAUCUGUAGAAGGAAGUGAAGGUGCAAAAGUCAUGUGUGGUCUUUUUUUUUUUUUUGUGCAACGUCUUGUCUGCUCUCUUUUCUUUGUUAAAGCCCUUUAUAAAGCUAUGAAUCAAAGUAUAAAAAAAGCAGCUCAGUCAGUACUCAGUUGGAAACAUACUUGCUUUAUAUAUUAAGUUACUUCUGAAAAUAAAAGAAGAAACCUAGUCAUGUUUUAUAUCAUAAGGAGUUCCUGUGUGUUGUAAUGAAUGAAACGGCUUUGGCUUCCUGCAGGCUUGAAUUAAAAGGUGCUGAUUCUAAUAAAGAAACCUUUUUAUUUGGA